UGGUCUGAGAUACUUAAUCCCGAUAAACCCGGUACCCAGACCAUAUAAAGUAGCCUUACAGUACAGUAACUUUGGUACAAUCUUAAAAAUCCACGAUCAGAUCAGUGUCGUAUCAGGAUGAUCAAGAUCGUUAUUCUGCUCGCCAUCGUAGCUGGUGCUGCUCCAAAUCCUCUGAACCCCACGAGUCGCAUCGUUGGUGGCAUGGAUGCAGUGAUGUCUGAGGCACCUUACCAGGUGUCCCUAACUCUCCUCGGCUCCCACAGUUGCGGCGGCAGCAUAAUCUCCGAAAACUGGGUCCUGACCGCAGCUCACUGCAUGGUUUACCCCAGAAGCUGGUAUCUUGUCCGGGCUGGAUCCGUUUCCUCGACCAGUGGUGGCAGCCUGACAACACUGCUCCUGGUCGUGAACCACCCGAACUACGGAUCAAACAACUGGGGGCUCCACGUCAACGACAUUUCCCUGCUCCGGAUGAGCUCUCCACUUGUCCUGGACGCAACGCGCCAGCCGGUUUCUAUGUACUCCGAAAACGAAGAGGCUAUGGCUGGCGAUCGCGCUGUCAUCACUGGAUGGGGUGCACUAAUCGAGGGCGGUAGCUUCUCUACAAACCUCCAGAUCAUCAACAUCCCCAUCAUCUCCAAGGGCGAAUGCAGCAGCGCCUAUAGCUUUUGGGGAGGACUUCCUGCUGGUCAGAUAUGCGCCGCUUUCCUCGAAGGCGGUCGAGGCACUUGUCGUGGAGACCAAGGCGGUCCACUGCUUAUCCAGCGACGGCUUGCUGGCGUCAUGUCAUGGAGUUAUGGUUGCGCCCAGCCUGGAUUCCCCAGUGUCUAUACUGAAAUCGCAGCUCACCGCAGCUGGAUAUCUGGCGUAUCAGGAGUCUAAGGAGCCGGGUGCUGAUCCCCUACUGUCCUCACAUUUUCGGGUCCUUCUUUUGAAUCUUAAUGAAAUGAAACACACUUGUCGUGAAGCAAUUAAAAUCACGUUAACGAUU